CCAAAAGUCACUCGUGCCCGGCCAUUCCCAGCGAAACCUGUUUGGCUUCUAUUCUUCGUAGGAUUCCACGCACGGGAGGAGCCAGCGGAACCUGGCCCUGGGAGGCCGCGGCCAGUCGGGAUGAGGGGCUGGAGUCCGGCUCCCGCUCCUGGGCCCCGCGAUCACCGGCGGCUCCCUCCUCCCGGCCGGAGGCACCUGCGCUGUGAGCUAGCGGGCCGAGGGGCGGCCCCGGGGCUUCGGGGCACUGAUCCCCGGGAACCACCUGGGAGGCGGAGGGGCGGGCCGGGGGCGGGCGCACGCUGGGGAAGCGGCCCGCCUCCCGCCUCUCCUCCCGGCAGGUCGGAGCGGGGACGCUGCGGCCCAGGACGCAGGGAGGGGGCCCGCGCCGUGAAGGAGGGAGGGGCCGCGCCGCCUUCGAGAGUCAUUGGAGGACGCAGCCUCUCGAAGCUGAUAAAUAAGGGGCCGGGCCGCGGCUGCCGGCCAAGUUGGACGCCCCAACCGGUGCGAGGGCCAGGUCAACGCCGGCCCGACGACGCGAAGCGAGGCGACCCCCGUGCGGCCAUGGCCUCGCUGCUAGGAACUUACCCGUGGCCUGAGGGUCUCGAGUGCCCUGCCCUGGAAGCCGAGCUGUCGGACGGGCUGUCGCCGCCGGCCGCCCCCCGCCCGCCGGGGGACAAGGGCUCGGAGAGCCGUAUCCGGCGGCCCAUGAACGCCUUCAUGGUGUGGGCCAAGGACGAGAGGAAACGUCUGGCGGUGCAGAACCCGGACCUGCACAACGCCGAGCUCAGCAAGAUGCUGGGAAAGUCGUGGAAGGCGCUGACGCUGUCCCAGAAGAGGCCCUACGUGGACGAGGCGGAGCGGCUGCGACUGCAGCACAUGCAGGACUACCCCAACUACAAGUACCGGCCACGCAGGAAGAAGCAGGCCAAGCGCCUGUGCAAGCGCGUGGACCCAGGCUUCCUGCUCAGCUCGCUCUCCCGCGACCAGAACUCCCUGCCCGAAAAGCGGGGCGGCGGCCGGGGGGCGCCGGGGGAGAAGGAGGACCGGGGUGAGUACUCUCCAGGCUCCGCGCUGCCCGGCCUGCGGGGCUGCUUCCAUGACGGCCCGGCCGGCGGCAGCGGCGGCGGCGGCACCCCGGGCAGCGUGGACGCGUACCCCUACGGGCUGCCCACCCCGCCGGAGAUGUCACCCUUGGACGUGCUGGAGCCGGAGCAGACCUUCUUCUCCUCCCCUUGCCAGGAGGACCAUGCGCACUCCCGCCGCAUCGCCCACCUGCCCGGGCCCCCCUACUCCCCGGAGUACGCCCCCAACCCCCUCCACUGCGGCCACCCCCUGGGCUCCCUGGCCCUCGGUCAGUCCUCGGGCGUCUCUAUGAUGUCCACCGUGUCUGGCUGUCCCCCGUCUCCGGCCUAUUACUCCCAGGCCGCCUACCCGCCUCUCCACUCCAACCUGCACGCCCACCUGGGCCAGCUCUCCCCGCCUCCCGAGCAUCCUGGCUUCGAAGCCCUGGAUCAGCUGAGCCAGGUGGAACUCCUGGGGGACAUGGAUCGCAAUGAAUUCGACCAGUACUUGAACACUCCUGGCCACCCAGACUCUGCCGCCGGGGCCCUCAGCGGGCAGGGCGCGGUCUCUCAGGUGACACCGACGGGCCCCACAGAGACCAGCCUCAUUUCCGUGCUGGCUGAUGCCACGGCCACGUACUACAACAGCUACAGUGUGUCAUAGAGCCCGGGCGGCCCAUCCGGCCGGCCUCGCCGCAGCCGGUCCUUACCGCGCCGAGCGCAGCGCCCCGGGGUGGGCACGCACUUCCACGAGCCGCGCGCCGACAGGCUCUGAGGGUCCGGGGCCCCUCCUCCGCCCCUUCCCCUCCGCCCCGCCCCGCUGCGGCCAGUGUUCUGAGUAUAUUCCUUCAAAAGAGUUUCCAUUGGCUCCACCCUGGGAAUCAGGCGCGGUCGUUGCUGAGGACGCUAUUUCCCGGUAGUUUUCACUGACCUCUCCUCCCAGUUUUCAAUCCGGAAACAAAUUCGGGAAAAGCCCAGCAACAUUCGCAUCCCUGCCGCUUCUGACACAGCUGCAGGGGUCCUGCCGUCCUGACCUUUGGUCUUCCAGGUGAGAAGAGCCCUGGGCUAAGAUUCGGGGACUGGCGGCCCAAUCCCAGUUCUGCCUCCGGGGGCUGGGGAGACCUGACUCCCCUCGCCUCUCCUUCCAGCCCAUCCCCCCAUCUGCGGAGUGAGGGACAGACUCCGUAUCUUAGGUACCCUCCGCUCCAGGGUUUUCCGAUUUAGGAUUCUCUCCAAAGGAAGCUGAAGCUGGCCUCAGUGAACUCAUUCACGUGCAACCUGGUGAGGAUUCCGUGCACUGCCCAAGGACCCCAGGCUGCUGCACUUGGUCACCAUCUUCCAUUAUGAAUGAUCCUAGUCUUCCAAAAGGACCCUUUAAGAGUUUGAGAAAAAACACUCAUAGUGAUUUGGGAAAUUAACGCUGGGGGUUAACUGCAUCACUGACAACGAAAUUGAAUUCAAGCUGCUUUUUUAAAAACAUAUAUAUAUAUUUUUUAAGAUAAGUUCUUUGAUAGCUCAGUUGGUAAAGAAUCUGCCUGCAAUGCAGGAGACCCUGGUUUGAUUUCUGGGUCAGGAAGAUCUGCUGGA